AUGGGGUAUACCAUAAACGACUACUACAUAAAUAGCAUUUUAAAAUUGCACAAAAUUAAAAAAACGAAUAAAGGAAUUGUCCUAGUGGGGAAGUCUUGCACAGGAAAAACGAGCAUUAUAAAUAUUUUCAAACAUUACUGUGAGAUUGCUAGAAAUGCGAACGUUGUAAGAGGGGGUAACCUAAACUGGAUGGAGGAUGAUAACAAAGAUGGGAAGUUCCUACACCAUGAGGGGAAGGUCAAGGAAGGCGUCCCCUACGACAAUGGUUAUGGUAUCACCAACAAUGGUGAGAUAAAUCGCGCUAUGGACGAUUUUGGCUACAUUAACCAAAUAAAUAACGUCCCUUCGAAUGCUUCUCUGAACAGUAAGGGGACAUACGAAAGCUACAAUUUGCUUUACCCGGUGAACCUCUUCUCUAAUAAGUACAAAAAUCAGGGGAACGCAAACAUGAUGGGAAAAAAUAACAGCAACAAUAGUGGUAGCCACAGCACCAGUACCAGCCACAAUAGCCUCAGUGGAAGUGUUAAAAAAUUGAGCAAAAUUAGCAGCGCAUAUUCUAUGCAGAGUAAAAAUUCGACAGGGGCAUUACUCGAUUUUGCAAACAAGUAUAAGAAAAAUAUUCACACGAAUGAUUAUUCCAUAGACAUAACUGUCUUUAACCCUAUGUCAACAGAUGUGAAGAAGUUGUAUGGGUACUACAACUCCGAGAAGGAGGUGUACGAAGAUGGCAUUUUGUCCCUAAUAAUGAAAAGGCUAUUCGAGAAUAAUAACAAUUUGAACGAGAAGUGGUUGAUCCUGGAUGGACCUUUGGAUAUCCUAACGACUGAACCGUUGCACUCCCUGUUGGAUGAAAACAAAGUGCUAACGUUAAUAAACGGAAAUAGAAUAAAAUUUUCAGAUAAUGUUUUUAUAUUUUUUGAGAUUGAAAAUUUAAAAAAUUCUGCCCCAUCUUUUAUAAGUCGAUCCAAAAUUGUCUACAUGAAUGAAGAAGAAUUUAACUACGAGUGGCUAAUCGAGAGUUACUUGCAGAGCAAUUUUCCCAACGUGGAGGAAAAAAACCUGGUGCAGGGAUUUUUCAACAAAUAUAUAAAAAAAAUCAUGAAUGCUAAGAGGAAUAAAUAUAACCUAAUUAUCGACGUGAGCGAUGCGAAUGUUAUCAUAUCCAUCUGUCAGUUGUACGACAUGCUGUGCAAUUUGUACGAUAAAAAUUUCCCGAAAAAUCUGAACCCCUCCUUAUGCCUAGAAAAAUUAUUUCUCCAAUCUAUUAUUUACACCUUCUCCAACAUUUUAUGCCCCCAAAGUAAGCAGUCCUUGGAUCUCCUGAUCAAAAGUAUAGACAACAGCUUCCCCCAUCUACACACCAUUUUUGAUUACAUAAUUAGUAAGAACAACUUUAACUGGGUGCUAUGGGAUGAGCUGAUCACCACGAAUCAUAAUUUCUUACCGAAUGUGAAGGAGAAGUUUUUUUCCUACGACAAUCACAACUUUUGCAAAAAUGAUAGCUCCAUGAAAUAUAUGAGCAUGAAUCAACUGAGUGAAACGAUAAACCCUGAGACAGAUUUUAACAAACUCUUUCUCAGCAGCAAUUUACAUGUUAGCAAAAAUUUCAACAAGUACACAAUCAACUAUAACAAUCUCUUCAGUGACAACAAUAAUAAGAAUACACUAAAUGUUUAUCAGACUUAUCAUUCCAAUUUUAUUCACACAAACGCAAACAACAUGAAUGAUGCCAGUAUGCUGGACAAUUAUCACAUGUUUAGCGACUACUCUAAGGACAACAUUUACUCGAAUAAUAACUACCUGGAUUCGGACCUAUUCAACACGUACAGCAAAAAUAAUAUAUCUAACAAUUAUUUCUCAGAUAACAGCUUCUCAAAUAAUAAUUUUUCUGAUAAUUUGUUAUCCUAUAGAAAUAAUAAAAGAGAAAAAAAUAACUUCGAGAACGGACAGCAUGAGGAGGAUUACAAUGUGCUCAAUGACAAUUUUAUCGAGAGCUAUAAUAAGUCUUCCCUGAAAGAUAUUUACAACCAGAAGGAUAAUCUUACACAAAAUGGGACACAAAAAACGAAAGAAAAAUAUUUCCAUCAAAAGUUCAAUGACAAUAUAUUUAUAGAAAAUGUAGAAUCGUUAAGGAAAAAAAAUAUCAUCAACAUUUUAAUGUAUAACAAAAAGAAUGUCCUUUUGAUUGGAAACAAAUUUAGCGGAAAAACCUUCUUCAUGAAAUAUAACAUUUUGCCCUAUGUAAAGGAUGACAUAUCAAGUUAUUACACCUUCAUUUCGAAGCUCUGCAAUUCGAACAAGCUAGAAAAAAAAAUUGAAAUGAAUGUCGAAAAGAAGUGUAGAAAUAUAUAUAAACCGGUAGGGAAUAAGAAGUGUCUGUACUUCAUCCUCGAUGACUUGAACAAUCUGCAAAAGUAUGACUCCUCUGGGUUGGACUACUACUCGGAUGGUAAUGUCAACCAUCAAGGUAGCGGAAGAAAUGCCCUCUUCGAUUUCAGCAUCAACAGGAAAUGCAUUUCGAAGAAUAACAGCCCUAAUGGAGACAAUCCACAGAUGGAAAACAGAUACGAGAAAAACGGAAGCUCAAUGAAUAAUACAAGCGUCUUUGAGUUCCUAAACCAAUUCAUUGACUACAACAUGUACUAUAAUAAGGACAACGGGUCUGUUAAAAAUGUGGAAAAUUUGUUUUUUUUCCUGAUAUAUGGAAAUAACAGAAAAUGUGCCUCCACCUUUAACAGGAAAUUGAUCAACCGACUGCAUGUAGUGCAUCUGAACGAGAUGGACGAAGCGUGUAUGAAAAAUACUUUCCACGUUUUCUUAAGACAUAAAUUCUCUAAUUUCCAUGAAGUGAUAAAAAAUUUGGCGGAACCUCUCUCCUCGUCAACUAUAAAACUCUUUUUCGAUGCUGCCAAGUAUUUCAAAGCCAACUUAAAUUGCUAUCACUACUUUUUCCACUUGAAGCAUAUAUUUAAAAUAAUGAAAGGUAUGUUCCUUUCGGAGGCUCCCAUAUAUGAAGAGAAAGAAAGUGUGCUAAGACUUUGGGUUAAUGAAUGCUAUCGCUCUCUUGGGGAUCAACUAAUUUUAAAAAAUGAAAGGAAAAAAUUUAAGAGCAUUUUAAAAAAUAUACUACAUAAAAAAUUCUACGUAGUUUAUAAUUACCUUUUUCCCAAGAAGAAGACCUCUUAUUUCUGCUCCUACAAUUUUCACGAUACGAAAAAUGAGAACCCCUACUUCUUCUACCAGCCUGUGUCGAAUGAAAAUGUCCUCAUCGAAUUUUUCAGGGGAGUCGUAUCUUCUUACAACACUUUUGUUCUGUGCACUUAUGACAAGAAGAAAAACGAGUACUUCAAAAAUCACGAGGCAGACGUGGGGGGCACCGGGAAGAAAGGCACUCCUUCUCGCAGCGCGCAGAGGCCACCCGCCUCCAGGGAAAACAGCCUGUAUGAGAUGUUCCAACACGCGGACGACUACGCUGGGGGAAGUAACUAUGAAAAUACGGAGCGAAAUGGCUUCACGGAUGGAGAGUCAAAUGGGUUCCUCGAUGCACAGCGAAAUGACUUGGUGAACGGUGAGCCAAAUGAACACCCCAUGAACGGCUCGCUGGACAAGUCGCAGAAGAUGUCCCAGGAAAUAGCCGCACUCGUGAGCAAGAACGACAACGAUUUCAAUAAUAUUUGCACUCCCAUCAAUUUUAUACUCUUUAAAGAGGCCAUGAUAAAUAUAUGCAAAUUUUCUCGAAUCUUUCUCUUCGAAAAUGAGCACUUCAUAUCGAUUGGAGACAGUGGCCCGGGCAAGUUCACGUGCUGCCUAAUUGCGUGUUUUAUAUAUCAAAUAAAAAUUCAUGUAAUUAAAAAUUUCCACUAUGGGAAUGCAAAUGUUGGGAACUGGGGUGAUCAAGGUGGGGACGACUUGCUCCAUGGGGGACACGAUGUUGUUGGGCACAAUGAGAAGGGGUCCCCUCUAGUUGGCACUAUGGACAUUGAGGAGGGGAAAAGAAGUCACGUAAGAGAGGUGAACGGAGAAAAAGGAAUUAAUGGCGCAUCGGAAGGAGGGGAAGCUCAGUCAGGUGUAGAAGCACAGUCAGGUGUAGAAGCACAGAUAGGAGGGGAAACUAUCAGGGGAGACAACUCACUCGGAGAGUGCCACCCUGAAGAGAGACAAAACAAAAAGGGAAAUCAAACAAACCAUGUCGUGAACACUGUGGAGAGGAAUACACCCGUUGUGGACAAAGACGAAGCGAACAAAUUUUCCUCCAACUCGAUAAGCGGAAACAAAGGAGUGUCCAUAAUAGAAAAACUAAAAUGUAAUUAUUUCAUAAAAAAAUUUAAAGAAGCUAUUUUCAACUGCUAUAAGAAAGAAAAAAGAUGCGUUCUGUACUACCUGCACGACAACAUGAGUGAUGAUAUUUUGGAAUUCCUUCACGAGCUCUACAACAACGUGAAUAUAAUUAACAUAUUCAACAGUGAAGAAAUAGCGUACUUGAAAAAUAUAUUCCUUCAGAAUGAGAUCGGAUUUAAAAACUUCGAUACGUUAAGCGAAAUGUUGGAGGAACUAAUUAAGACAAAUUAUCACUACGUUUUAUUUACCACACUAAAAAGUAAAAUGUUCAGAAAAAUAUCCAACGAGUAUAACGUUAUCCUGAAGCAGUCAACAGUCAACUACUUCUGCUCAUGGAAAAAUGUGUCAUACAAUAUAAUUGCACAAGAGACACUCAAAAGGAAUAACCUAAAUGUGGAGGUGUUUAGCAAGCUGCACAACACGGCAUUGAAAAUGUUCGAAUGUGUUCUACACCAUUUGGAGGAAAAACUAGACAGGGAGAAAAAAGAAAACUUUUUUUUUCUCAACGAGUUUAGCGGUUACACAAACUUUAGCGAUUAUCAGCGGGGUAAGAAUGCAGGUGAGAAAAUUUUUGGUGUCUCCAAGCUGGAUGAACAGAAUAGAAGGUAUGAGAAGAACUCCACGCUAACCAAGUCGAAAACUACUUUACUAGAGGAAAACAAACAAUCCAUGGAAAUUAAGAACAGCCUCAAAAUGAACACCAAGGAAAGCUGUCAUAUGAACUCCAACCAAACAAAGAUCAUCAUGCAGAGUAAGAAGACAAUUACAGAUGGUACAGAAGAAAACGUUGCAGAUGGAGAAAAUAAAAAUGAAGAAGACGCAGAGAAUAAUAUAAAAUAUAUCAGAAACUCCAAAAUUGUACAAGACAAACUGAACAUUCAAAAGUAUAUAAAUUUUAAACACUUUUUCAACUUUUUACAAUUCUUUGAAAAGUUGUAUAAAAAAAAAUUUGAAGAAACGAAUAACCAAGAAAAGAAAAUUAACAUGGCGCUGAGCAAGUUGGCCGACGCGAGGAACGAAAUUCAAGAAAUGCAAAUUCAGCUAAGUCUGCAGAAGGAAAACAUAUCCAAAAAGCAAACAGAAUGCACCCAACUACUCAAAGAAAUAGAGGAAAAGAAACAAGAAUCUAAUGAGAAGAAAAAAAAAAUACAAGAAGAUAGCAUUCGAAUAUCGAGUGUCGAAAUAGAGACACAAAAGCUAGCCGAAGAUGCGAGGAAAGAUUUACAAAAUGCAAUUCCGGAGCUUGAAGUUGCCACUCAGUCGCUUGAACAGUUAGACAAAAAAAGCAUAUCAGAAGUAAAGGCGUAUACAAAACCACCCGAUGUUGUCAUGCAAACUUUAUCAAUCGUUAUGAUCAUUUUGAAUAAAACUCCAAGUUGGGAACAAGCGAAAAUUGAACUAGGAGAUGCAAACUUUUUAAACAAAUUAAAAUCUUUCGAUAAAGAUUCCAUAUCGGAUAAGACGCUGAAAAAAAUUGAAAAGUUUACCAAAAAUCCCAUCUACUCUCCCAAAGCUGUUAAGAAGGUUUCUUCUGCUACUGGUGCUCUGUGUAUGUGGGUUCACGCCUUAAAAAUGUAUGCACAAGUGUACAGGGAAGUAGCACCCAAGAGGCUGCGCCUGAAGCUAGCUGAAGAGUUACUAAGCAAAAACAGAACGGAACUCGAGUUAACCAUGGAACAGCUUAGCCAAAUUGAGAAAAAUUUACUACACCUUCAGGAACAACAUAAUGAAAGCACCAAAACGAGUGACGAACUUAGUAGGUCAUAUGAAGAAUCUUGUCAAAGGAUAGAAAAUGUAGAGAAAUUUUUCCUCAAUUUAAUGGACGAAAAAAACAGAUGGGAAAAAUACGUUAAAGAUAAUGAACGGGUUAGGAAGAGCAUAUAUGGGGAGUCAAUUCUUUCUUCCUUUUUUCUUGUCUACACUGGUUUGCUCAAUUAUGAAGAUCGGAAAUUUUUAAUUUAUGAUGCGUGCUACAAUUUGCUCAUUCGAAACCACAUUUUUGUCAACACCAAUUUUAACGUGGUCGAUUAUUUUAUUGAUCCUAUCCAGUCCCUCGAAUUUAGAACCAAUUUUUUAUCUAACGAUAUAUACAUGAAGGAAAACUCGAUUUUAAUUAACAACAACUUUCUCGCCACUCUGAUAGUGGAUCCUCACUACCAGGCUGCCAACUGGAUUAGCAGAAGUUACCAAAAUAAUGGAAAAUCGAUUGUCAUUUCUGAUUUUCAUUCCUCGGACAUAUUUUUUAAAAUCAUUCAUUGUAUGAAUACAGGAACAUCGCUACUGAUAAACUACAUCAAUGAGGACUUGGAGGACAUACUACUUUUAACCAUUAAGAAAUACAAUAAGUUUAUUUUGGAUAGGGAAAACAGUUCGCUAUUGGAUGAUCGUCAGUGCCAAUCUGCAAACGAGGUGGUCAUAAGGGAGUACGCUAAGAGGAAGAAGCAGCUUCAGGACGAUUUCGAGGCAGGUCACAAAGGCGGUGCGAACAACAGCGGGGGAGGUGGAGUUAGUGCAUUUGGACAAGUUGGCCCAGUUAAUGGCGUUAACUUAGCCAGCGGCACAGGAGGAAUCGGCAGGAUGGCCUACGAGGAGAAGCUCUACCGAAUGAAGCUACAGCUUCUGGACGGAAUAAACAUCCACAAAGACUUCAAGCUAUUCCUAGUGUCUAACAAAAAUUGCUUCAGUCUGGACUCGACCUUUUACACACUCACCACAGUUAUCGUAUUCAGCCUGAACAAAGAAUCCCUCGACAACAUUCUCCUAAAUGUGAUCAUUAUGAAUGAGGAGAAAAACUUAGAAGAGGAAAACAAAGAAUGUCUCAUGCGUCUAAUCCGAGUGAAAAAAGAAAUCAUAAAAUUAGAAAACAACAUACUAGAACAUAUAACAAAAAGUGAAAAAAAAAUUACAGAAGAUGACCAACUGAUUAAUAUUCUCCUACAGUCCAAAUCCGAAAUUGAUGAAAAAAAUGGACACCUAGAAGAAGUGUAUGACACUAUUAGCAGAAUGAGCAUGAACAAAAAUAUGUUUAAACCGCUAGCCAAAAAAGUAGCCAUUUUGUUUACCAUACUGAAUGAUUUGAAGUAUGUCAAUAAUUAUUAUCAAUUUUCACUGGACCAUUUUAUUUCCCUUUUUACCUACUGUAUGAAAAAUUUCAAAAAAAAUAAAAAAAUUUCAUCUAGCUCUACUACGGAGAGGCAAGAAAUUCUGUUCAACAAUUACUUCUUUGAAUUUUUGAAGUAUACUAAAGUGUCCCUUGCCAACAAGCACCACCUUUUUUUUGUGUUUUACUCCUUGUGCAAAAUUAUGGUCUUCGAAAAUAAAAUUUCUCAAGAAGAUUACGACUUCUUCACCUUUGGCAAUGAAGCGAGUGGUGAACAGGUGCACACAAAAUAUCUGAAGAGACUCACAAGGGAGGAUAGCCAAAAGAGGAAGGGGGAUGAUCACUCAGGUACAAACAGGGGUAAGAAAAGGACUAAGAGCAAGCGGAAAAGAGCAACGCACCGUGUGGUGCGCAAGUCCGCCGCAGGGAAUGACGCUUCCGAUUCGAACAAUUAUGCAGAGGGGGAGAAGGAGGAAGAAGAGGACGCAUAUGGAGAAGCUGAGGAGGAAGAGGAAGACGAGGAAGACGCGGAAGAGGAGGAAGUAGAGGAGGAGGAAGUGGAGGAGGAAGUAGAGGAGGAGGAAGUGGAGGAGGAAGAAGAGGAAGAGAAAGACGCGGAAGAGGCAGAAGACGAAGAUGACGAAGCGGAGGCGGAGGAGGACGACCAAAACUGUGAUGAUCAGAACUGCGACGAUUCAAACCGAGAAGGGGAAAACCCGGACGGUACUGAGUGCAAUCAAACAGGAGAGCACACCAAGCAGAGUACGCGAAAGGGUAAGGAAAGUGGACCCAGCAGUGGACCCAAAAAAGACGGAGCCGAAACGGAAGGGAAGACGAACCUGGAGGAAAACAAAAAUAAUAACAGGGAUGACGAAGUAGACAAACUGAAGGGUAACUCAAACAUGAUGAAUAACAAAAGGAAAAAGAAUUGCAAAAAGAAAAAGUACAAUUCAAAUAGUAAAAUGCCAAAUGAUUAUCAAGAAGAGGAUCAUUUUAAGGAGUACUCAGAAUAUGAUGAUACAAACAGUAAUUGCGGAGCAGCAAAUGAGGAUCAAUCUUCAGAUGUAAUUAAUCCAGGGAAUGAUUGGAUAAGUGAAGAAAAGUGGAAAUACCUACUACAUAUCGAGAGUCUGAAAAACUUCGAAGGAUUUAUCAACUCAUUUGUUAAGUCUAUCAGAGAAUGGAGAAGAUGGUUCAAUUUUCUCGAAGUAGAAAAUUAUGUACUUCCAGACGAAUGGGAAUUUAAUUUGAAUUCUUUCCAAAAAUUAAUUAUCAUCAAAAUUUUAAGGCCAGACAGGUUAAACAAAGCCAUAGAAAAUUUAGUGUACGCUAAUAUCUCGUACAACGAUAUUGAGGUAGACCAUAUGAACUUUGAAUUCAUUUUGAGACCCUACAACAGUAUUGACCCCCUGACGAUUAUUUACAAAAACAAUUUUGACCCUUUCCAGUAUGUGUAUAAUUAUGCUCUGGAGAAUAAUCAAAAGUUGAAAAAUUUAACCCUAACCAAUCAGAACAUUCACUUUGUGUACCACUACUUGAGGGAUGCCAUGGAGAAGGGACACAUCCUGUUCAUUUCUAAUUUGCAUAACUCGGUUCAGAACUUGCAUAAGCUAGCCAAAAUUAUAGAAAAUGUUCUAAGUAGCAGUUCUACGUCGGGUCUCACACCCAGCAGCAGCUCCGAUGAAAUUGGCUCUGAUGCGAACACCGUUGGGGUUUCCAACACAGCGACAGAACAGAGGGAAGAAAGCCCCAAAUUGGAAGAACCAGAAAGGGACACCACAGAAGGGGAGGACCACCUAGAAAAUUUGCAAUUAGACGGGGGGGAUAUGGACCAGAUGUUCAAUUCGAAACAAGCCGAUUCGUUGCCGUACAGUGCGCUGAUAGACGAGGAGUAUGGAAGUGGCGCGGGUGGGAACGCCUCGCUGGUAGACAUCCCACCGUUGGAGCGAAGCGAUCGUGGAAAAAUUCAAGUACACCCAAAUUUCCGCCUCUUCCUAUCCUCCCUACCGAGUGAGAAUUUCCCAACGGCAUUACUGCAGAAAAGCAUCAUAGUCAUUCUGGAAGAGCCGCCUAAUAUAAAGAAAAGCGUAUCCAUUUUGUUCAAAGAGCAAUGGGAAUUAGAAGAAAAUAAAAACAUCCAGUUAAACAAAUAUAAAAAGUUGAUGCUGAGUUUGUUCUGGUUUCAUUCAAUCCUUAACAAUAGGAAAAAGUUUUACAACUUGGGAUGGAACAGCGAAAAUUAUUUUUUCAACAACAAGGACAUUAUGUUGAGUAAGUACAUCUCGCAAAUAUUCUUCAAUAAAAAUAUUAAAGAAAUAUAUUGGCCUUAUUUCCACUACUACAUUUGUGACAUUAUCUAUGGAUCCAAAAUUAAUGACUCCUUUGAUAAAGAGCUCCUAAAUAUAUAUGCAAAUGAAUUUUUCAACAACAAUAUAUUUAAGGGGAAGUAUAUAUUUUCCAGCUGCCCAAAUUAUUACCUGCCCAACGACGUGACGAAUGAGAAAGCGUUGAACAAUUACUUGAAAGAAAUUCCACAUAACGAUAGCGUAGAGAUAUUUGGACAGAAGGCAUGUGCUGAAAUUCCUUUCAAUACAAUUGCUUCUGAAGGAAUUGUUUCUCUUUUCUUUCACGUGAAUUCUUUGCACCGCAAUCAAUACCAUUUCCAUAAUGCGAGAUCGAAUCAUGUUAAUGAGAAGGAGGUGUAUUCCUUUACGAAGAUGCUUCUGCAGGGCAUGCCGCACGAGAUCUAUGUAGACGAUUUGAUGAAGAAGCAGUGCAUGCAGGAGCAGUACGUUUACACCAACCUCAUGUGUCAGGAGAUUUACAAGCACAACUUGGUUCUCCGCAGGGUUCGAAAGUCGAUAGCGAAGGUGCAGUGUGCUCUCAAAGGCGAAACCGUGAUAAACAAACAAAUUUACAAAACCAUCAGAUGCCUUAGCGACGGAUUAGUGCCAAACUCCUGGAAGACCUUUUACAUAUCGAAAAAAAGCCUAGUUCCCUUUUUUGAAGAUUUAAACGAAAGAGUAAACCAGCUAAACGAGUGGAGCAUCAAUGGGUCAUUGGCAAUUCACUGGCUUGGCGGAUUUUGUAACCCCAGAAGUGUCUUAAAAUAUAUUUUAUAUGAAUAUUCAAAAAAAAAUGACAUCAGCCAUGAUUUAAUCACGUUCGAAUUUACUUCCAUUAACAAGUCCGAUGAAAUUAAGCUCAAAAGCAGAAGCAUCGAGGAAGGCAUUUACAUAAAGAGUUGUAUUAAAAAAAAAAGCAAAGAGGACAAUGACAUUUAUUAUUGCCCCCUGUACAUGUGUCAAGAGAAGAACGUCGUGGACAUUAGGGAGAACUACCUGAUGAAGGUGAGUUUUGCUUGA